UUCCACGAUCUCGCGAGACUUGACCCAGAACAUUGCGGAUCGGGUCGGCGCCAUUUUGGGACUGAGACUGGUUGUGGGGGAGGGAAAAGCGGCAAAAGGGGAUUAUUCAAAGUACCGAAAACCUCCUCCCGGGAUCGAGCGCAGCGGCACCCCCAGGCCAGGGGCACCUCUGGUGUGGCAGAAGGUGAUUGAAUUACUCCUAUAUGAAGAUCAUCUAGAUUUUGUGUAAAAGGCCCCGGAUAUUUGAAGUGGCCAUUUUGGGAUUACAAUGUUUUUGGAUAAUUUUGCCCCAGAAGUUUAUUAAAAGUGGCAAGAAUCAUCUCUGAAGUGAAUUUAUAGUAGUUGAACAAUUCUACAAGCUGCUUAAAAGAGACCCAGGCAUUUCUUCAGUAUUUUGGUUCAAACGGAUUCUAUAACUGGUUAAAUUCAGCUGGUGGUAUUUUUGCCUCUUCCCCCUACCCCCAUCCCUCUCCUUUAGUUGUUUUUCAGCCAAAACUGUAAGAUAUGUUUGAUUUGUGUACUGAAUAGUUUCGGCAGUUUCAGAUUACUGUUUAAAUAUUGCUGAAGUUUCUUGGCAGUUUAUUUUUACCUUUAUUAAAAAUUUUAGGAAUUUUUGACCUCAGCCCUUUUCAUGUCACAAUGGGACAGCUUUUCUAAAUGAAGACAUUGAAAGAAUACAGAGUUUUUUCCGUUUUAUCUUUUAUUUACGUGGAAAUUUAAGAUGUUGCAGUUUUCCAGCAGCAUGGUAGUAUUGAGAUAGCUAUGUGUCUCUAUAUGCUGAUGUUUAGGAAUGCUCUUCAGAUGUGAAAUUUUCUUUUUGUUUUUGCUUUUUUGCUCAUAAAUUGGAUAUUUCAUCCGGAGUGGAUAAGUACAACAGUUGACCAGUACAUGGAAUAAGAAAGAAGACUUUAAAAUCUUAAAUCCAAGGAACUUGGCUAAUUCUGGAGAUAGCCAUAUGAAAACUUUAAAACAGAAGUAUGGGUAGCUGACUUGAAGUAACUCUAUGUCAAAUAGUCAUAGGUUAAGUAUCUUCAAAGAACUUGGAUAUUAUAUCAGAGGAUACAAAAUAAAAAAACAAACUGGAAAACAUAAAGAUUACAGAGAAAAACCCAACACCUUCCUGUGCAGUCCUGUUGGAAUUUGGACUUGCCAUGAGGUGUUGAAGCCUUGUUUCACUGAGUUGGAGAGACUGGACCUAAAUGGCGCAGCAUGACUUUGCUCCAGCCUGGCUUAAUUUUCCUACUCCACCAUCAUCAACAAAGUCGUCAAUAAAUUUUGAGAAGCAUUCUGAAAACUUUUCAUGGACAGAAAAUCGUUAUGAUGUGAAUCGUCGACGACACAACUCUUCAGAUGGCUUUGAUUCUGGUAUUGGACGUCCUAAUGGAGGUAAUUUUGGAAGGAAAGAAAAAAAUGGAUGGCGGAUGCAUGGAAGAAAUGGUACUGAAAACAUAAAUCAUCGAGGGGGAUACCAUGGUGGAAGUUCCCGUUCUCGUAGCAGUAUUUUCCAUUCUGGAAAAAGCCAAGGACUACAUGAAAACAGCAUACCUGACAACGAAACAGGGCGGAAAGAAGACAAGAGAGAACGCAAACAGUUUGAGGCUGAGGAUUUUCCGUCUUUAAAUCCUGAAUAUGAGAGAGAACCAAAUCAGAAUAAAUCUUUAGCUGCAGGUGUAUGGGGCCUACACGCCCAGACACACACAUACCCAACCAAAAAAAUCUCCCAAGCUCCUCUCUUAGAAUAUCCUCCGAAUCCUAAAUCUAGAGCUCCAAGGAUGCUGGUCAUUAAGAAAGGUAAUACAAAAGACUUACAGCUAUCUGGAUUCCCAGUGGUAGGAAAUCUUCAAUCACAACCAGUUAAGAACGGGACUGGUCCAAGUGUUUAUAAAGGCUUAGUCCCUAAACCUGCUGCUCCACCUACAAAACCUGCACAAUGGAAAAGCCAAACUAAAGAAAAUAAAGUUGGGACUUCUUACCCUCAUGAGUCUACAUAUGGCGUUGGCAACUUCAAUGCUUUUAAAUCAGCUGCCAAGAAUUUUAGUCCAUCAACAACUUCAGUGAAAGAGUGUAAUCGCUCAAAUUCCUCUUCACCUGUUGACAAACUUAAUCAGCAGCCUCGUCUAACCAAACUGACACGUAUGCGCACUGAUAAGAAGAGUGAAUUUUUGAAAGCAUUGAAAAGGGACAGAGUAGAAGAGGAGCAUGAAGAUGAAAGUCAUGCUGGCUCAGAGAAGGAUGAUGAUUCAUUUAAUUUGCAUAACAGCAAUAGUACUCACCAAGAAAGGGACAUAAAUCGAAACUUCGAUGAAAAUGAAAUUCCACAGGAGAAUGGCAAUGCCUCUGUAAUUUCCCAGCAGAUCAUUCGGUCUUCUACCUUCCCACAAACUGAUGUUCUUUCCAGUUCACUUGAGGCAGAACACAGAUUGUUAAAGGAGAUGGGCUGGCAAGAAGACAGUGAGAAUGAUGAAACAUGUGCUCCCUUAACUGAGGAUGAAAUGAGAGAAUUCCAAGUUAUUAGUGAACAGUUACAGAAGAAUGGUCUGAGGAAAAAUGGUAUUUUGAAAAAUGGCCUGAUCUGUGACUUCAAGUUUGGACCCUGGAAAAACAGCACUUUCAAACCCACUAUUGAGAAUGAUGACACAGAGACAAGUAGCAGUGACACAUCAGAUGAUGAUGAUGUGUGAAGGAUUUCCUAACAGCUUUAGAAAUUUUAGUGUGAUACAUCUCUCAUACAGUUUGGGGUGAAUUGUAAAAAUGAAGAACUAUAAUUUAUGUAGUAAAGUACCCCAUUAGAAGAUGAUUUUUUUGAGGGACUUCACUAUGAAGAAAACCAAGAAUGUUGUGUUGGGCUGUGUUGAACAUUAUUUCUUUGUAAAUGAAUGUUGUAGAAAUGAGGACUUUGGUUGAUCCAACAUUGACUUUCUUCAUCACUGCAGCAUUUCUCUGACUAGCAAUGUGACGAUGUAACAAAUGAGAUUUUCUCAUUUAAUAAUAAAAAAUUGUGUAAUGUUUUGCAAAGCUUCUGUCUUAAAAUGUCCAGGUCUUAAGAAAAAAGGCAGCUUACACUGUUUUGCUUGCAGAGUCAUAUCUCUUUCGUACAAUGGAAAUCCUCAAGUUCACUUUGUCCCCCCCCCCAAAGGACAAUGUAGCAUGUUGGCUAAAACUGGAGCAAAGUGCACUAAAACAUUAAUUUCCUGAACUCAAGUGUUGUACUAGUCACCUUUUAAAACAUAAAUUGCUCUUUAGCCAUGUGUAGUUCGGUAAACGUUACAGGAAAGACUUGACACACUUUCUUCCAAAUUUUAAGAGGUGAUUUUCAAGAACUUUAUUUGGGUAUGUUUUCAGACCAGGACUUUCAGAGAUGAUGGAAGAGUCUUGUGGGAAUACUUAUUUUGAUAAAUUAUUACACAUGCAGAAAAACUGAUCACACUGACUGGAUCUGUCCACACAUGGAAAAUAAACUGGAUUUUCAGAA